AUGGCUAGGCCAAGAAGGUUCAAGGCUACACCACUUGAUACAGAGAUCACUUCUGCAAAUUCUCAUGAGGUUAGGUGUAAACGCUUUAAGGUUGCACCACCUGAAGCUGGUUCUGCAUCACAAACUUCGUCUAAUGGUAGUGAUCAUGUUAGCAUGCCACCGACACAUGGGCCUGAGUAUGCUUCAUCUGAAUCUGAUUCAUCGGAUGAUGAUGAUGUCCCUCCUGCUUCUAGUGGGACUACUACAAGUAUGAAGAAGAGCUAUUGGAUUGUCAGUCUUAUUGAUGAGCGUGGUACCAUUACAGAAGGAAGACUGAAGGUGCGAGAUAUUUGGUCACUUCCUACGGGUAAAAGAAUUAUCAUCCCGUGCAAUGAGCUUGGCCAACCAAUAGAUGAUGCAGGUGGUCUCUUGGGUGGCUUCAUGGGAGAUUUAGGCUCUGACUUUUCUAAAUUUCCUAUGUGUUACAAGUCAUGGCGUAAGGUUCCAGUUAACUACAAGAAUAGCGUAUAUGACGACAUUAUACAGAAGAAGAUUCUUGUGGAGGAUGGUCGAUUAAGAGACUAUAUGAUGAAGAGUAUUGGAAAGACAUGGAAAAAUACUAGAUGUUCUCUCUAUCAUCGCUUUUAUAAAGAGUCACUAACUUUUGAGGAAAAUGUUGCAAGACGUCCCGGUGGAAUUGAUCUUGACCAGUGGACAUGGUUUCUUCAAUACCGCAAGGAUAAGAAAACACAGAAGAUGUGCAAGCAGAAUGCUGAAAAUCGACGGAAGAAAACUUACACACACACUAAUGGUUCAAAAAGCUUACCUAGGAGAAAGGCUGAAGAGGAGCGUAAACGUGGGAGACCAAUGAGUAGAGGAGAGUUGUGGCCCUUGACUCACAAACGGAAAGACUCGACAUAUAUGAAUGAAGCAGCCAAACUUAUUGGUGUAAGCAAUAAUUGA